AUGCGUGCUGCAAGAUACUACGGGAAGGAAGAUAUUCGUAUCGAACAAGUGCCCGAACCAGAACUCAAAAAGGGCGAGAUCAAGCUCGCACCGGCGUAUGUGGGUAUCUGCGGAACGGAUCUUCAUGAGUAUCUUGGAGGUCCCAACUUUGCGCCUGUGACGCCACAUCCAAUCACGAAAGAUACUAUACCGGUAACGUUUGGGCACGAACUGAGCGGCGUCGUCAAAGAUCCUGGAGAUAGCGAAUUCAACGAGGGCGAUAAGAUUGUCGUGCGCCCCUCACUAUUUUGCUCAUCUUGCGCUGCAUGCUCUGCCCAUGCCGAGAAUGUGUGUCACAGUGCGGGCUUUAUUGGACUUAGCGGAGGAGGUGGCGGUCUCGCUGAUUAUUUGACCGUGCCCGCAAGCUAUGCGCUGAAGCUACCUGACAAUGUGCCUCUAGAUGUUGGUGCUUUAGUUGAACCGCUCGCCGUGGCAUGGCACGCGACAGCGGCAGCUCCGUUGAAUGUUGAUGAUACGGCACUGAUAAUGGGAGGUGGUCCCAUUGGCCUCGCUGUGGUUCAAUGCCUUCGAGCGCAGGGUCUGAAGAACAUAAUUGUUGCCGAAAUAGCAUCGCGUCGCCAGGAAUUCGCAAAGAGUUUUGGAGCUGCACACGUUAUAAACCCUAUAUCUGACAAUGUGGUUGAAAUUUCUAGGAAGCUCAGCAACGGAACCGGUCCUGACGUAGUUUUUGAUUGUGCCGGAGUGCCUGCUAGCUUGAAAACGUCAUGCAAUGCAGUCAAGGCACGAGGCACCGUCGUAAACGUGGCAAUUUGGGAGAAGGAAGUUCCGUUCAAUCCGUGCUGGCUAGUAUUCAAAGAGGCUAGUUACACUGGCGUACUUGGCUAUCAGCACCAAGAUUGGAUAGCCGUACUAGAACAUCUCAGAGAUGGGUCUCUAAGACCGGAAAACAUGAUCACCAGCAAGAUUAGCCUCGAAGAUCUCAUUCCAAAGGGCUUUAUGCCGCUGAUCAACGAGAAAGAGUCGCACGUCAAGAUUCUCGUAGACAUCCAGGGUCGUGACACUUAAAAGAAAUUGCCCGAGCUUCUGGGAUUAGGCCCCCCUAAUGCGUGCCUGAUGAGCCGUUUCUGAGACUCUGACAGCGGCGCAGCGGGAUACCGAAUGCUGACGCUUGCGACAAGAUAGCC